AUGGACGGCAGUGAGGAUGGGCUAGGGGAGGAUCAUUACCCAUGGCCAACACCGGAAGCAUCACGUGGUGUCAGCACCAGCAGCCCCAAACCGCCUCACGGCCCCUCAACAACGGGUCCGAGCUCGGUGACGGUUACGGCAUGGACAAGACGCAGCCGCUCGCCGCGCACAUCUUCAAGAGGGUCUUCCACAAAACGUCACAGUGGCAGCUCAGAUGGGAUUGGGGGUCAAGCAUCGAAAGGAAAGGCAAUGGCGCCCAUGGCCGGGAGCAGCGGUCACGUUGGCUAUGGUUUGGAGGGCACGGAGAUAGCCGAAGGCGGAGGCGACGGAACGCUGGGCCUGCAGUUUGGUGACGAGCAGUUUCGUCCCCUGCCAAGCGCGGACUCCGCCGUCCCCAGGCACUUUUCCUUCUCACGCCCUCCCCUGCCGCCCCCCUUGACCCCCCCGACGCUCCACGACGGCGCCUUCUUCCCCUUCGAGGACCGCCGCCCGAGCUAUGCCGUCUCGGUGCCCCCAGCGCUCGACACGAGCUUUAUCCAUCAACCGAACCCAGAGUAUGGAGCCUCCUCCAGCUCAGCAGACGUGCUCGGCUCGAGUCCUCCCACCGCAACCACCUUUCCCCGUCGGAGAUCCUACAUCAGGAACGUUCCCAUCGACAUACACGAUACCAGCCGCCAAAGGCGUCUGGUCCUCUUCCGCGGAGACGAUGACCUCCGGGAAGCACAGCGAACACAUUCUCCCCAUCGAGCUACCCGCCAACAUCGCCCCUCCUCCCACCACCGCCGCCGGGCCAAUACGAGCUGCCACCGUCGGCACCACCGGCAUACGAGUUUGUGGGCGGACCCGGCGGGCCGGGCGUUUUCCUAUCCCAACAAGAGAUUGAUUUGCAAGGUGAAAUCAUAUCGGUGA